AUGGGACUGUUGAGCUUUCUUGAGAGCCUUGUUGAGUCUAGUGGAGUGUACCAGGCUGUGUUAGUCUUCUUGCUGAUUCCAUGGUGCAUGACUCAGGAUGUAAGGGAAUCCCCAGUAAUCCCAAACACACCUUUCCUCUGGGCCUGGAAUGUUCCAUCGGACAUUUGUACCACAUCUUUUAAUGACUCAGUAGAUCUGAAAAUUUUCUCUUUAAUAGGAAGCCCUCGACAAACAGCGAAAGGGAGAGGUGUCAUAAUAUUUUAUACUGAUCGUCUUGGCUACUAUCCUCACAUAGACCACUCACAACGUAUCGUGCAUGGAGGAGUCCCCCAGGCGGGGUCUUUACAAGACCAUCUGAACAAAGCCAGGACAGACAUUGAAAAGUAUAUUCCAGUAGAUGACUUGGGCAUGGCAGUCAUUGACUGGGAAGACUGGAGGCCCACCUGGUUAAGAAACUGGAAACCUAAGGAUAAUUACAGGAAUAAGUCUAUUGAGAUAGUCCAGCAACGAAACCCACAGCUUAGUUUUGCAGAUGCCAGCAAGUUAGCCAAGGAAGAAUUUGAAAGGGCAGGAAGGAGUUUUAUGGAAGAGACUCUAAAACUGGGAGUAUCACUUCGGCCAAAGCGCUUAUGGGGUUAUUAUCUUUUUCCUGAUUGUUAUAACAAUAAGUUUAAUGACCCCAAUUACAAUGGGUUUUGCCCUGAUGUAGAAAAGAAAAGAAAUGAUGCUCUCGGCUGGAUGUGGAAUGAAAGCACUGCCCUUUACCCAUCCAUCUAUUUGAAAUAUGACCUGAAGUCAAAUCGACAAGCUGCACUCUAUGUGCGCAGCCGAGUACAGGAGGCCAUCAGGGUGUCUAGAGUGCGCGACCCUAGAAAUCCGAUUCCAGUGUUUGUUUAUACUCGCCUUGCUUUUACUGACAUAACUUCUGAAUACCUUGGUCAGGAAGACCUUGUGAAUACAAUUGGUGAAACCAUUGCUGUGGGUGCCUCUGGAAUGGUAGUAUGGGCAACUGCGAAUUUAGCACGAAGUUUGGCCGCUUGUGCAAAACUUCAUGAUUAUAUGACAACUACCUUUACUCCUUACUUAAUCAAUUCCACCUUAGCAUACAAAAUGUGCAAUCAAGUGCUUUGUGACGAUGAAGGUGUGUGUGUAAGGAAAGACUGGAAUUCGGAUGACUAUCUUCACUUGAGCCCACAGAGUUUUAACAUUGAAUACAUGAAAGAUGGAAUUUUCCGAGUGAAUGGAGCGCCUUCUUAUAAAGAUCUGGAGUAUUUUGCAGACAAAUUUUAUUGCAGAUGUUUUGCCAAUAGAACAUGUAAAACUAAUAAUGAUGGCAUGAACAGUGUGCGUUAUAUUAAUGUAUGUACUCCUGGAGGUGUUUGUAUACAAACAGAACCCAACCCAGCCUUCUACCUCACACUUGACAAAAGCCUUCUCUUGCUGACAGCAUUGAUCCAUGCAUUACAGCAUGGGUCACAGUACCUCCACAUUUUCUUAGGAAUGACAUCAGUGGAUGCCUCUUAG